CUGACUCGACCACUUUUGUUCUGAGGAAAAUGGCGGAGCUGUGAGGCGAUAGGCAUCCAGAAGGGCUGCAGUAUCGUCUGUCUUCUUGGGGAAUACAUCUUGUCUGAGUCACCAUCUUCUUGAAGAUAAUAGCAUGCAAGCAUGAUUUAGACUUUGGAAAGUUGUAGAAAGUCGUUUGUAAGAUCCGACCAGAAGAAAAAGACAUUUUGGGGCGAGUACUCGUUUUGCUCGAGGCAAGUAGAAUCAGAGGGCCCUGUAAAGAUGAGGAGCCCUCCCAAACGUCUGCUGGUGUACUCCCUCCUCCUGGCCAGCUUCUUCAUAUCAGGGGGGCUGUAUCCCAGCAUGCAACUGGGCUUGUCUGAAGCGGUGACCAAAUGGGCUCCGUCCUCCAAGGAAAUCGGAGAGGAAACACCAAGCAGUCGGGGAGAAAUCCCAUCUCCUUCCGUGCACGAGCAGAGGGGUGAAACAGAGAAGACGCCAUGGUACAUAAACUUCAUCCGGGCAUUUCUUGAGACGGAGCUCGGACCAGAUUCCAGGAUAUCUAAAAGGUCAACCAAACAUAAGAAACACCAUGUCCAAAGCCAUGCAGCCGAAACAUCAGACAAGCACGAGAAGAGAAUCAACCAGGAGGGCGAGGAGCCGUCAUCUAAGAUGGACACCAGAGAAGAGAAGGGCAUCGGCUAUGCUGUCGUUCAAGCCAUGCAGGACUCAGAAAACGCGUUGCACCAGUUUCUGAGAGAAUCCCUCCUGACGAGGUCAGAAGAAGAAAUCGAGGAAGAGCUAAAUGAGAGAGUUAAGAAACAGGAUGACGGAGACUGGGUGCAGGCAAUGGGUAUAGUGCAUCAUCUGAUGUUCCCCAUUGGUCAGAUCUUCUUUGCCUUUCCGGGCGGUUUUGUGGCAGCCAAGGGGUCAGCUGUGAAAAUCCUAGGCACGAUGAUGUUCGUGUCGUGUCUGGUGCACCUGUUCGUCCCCCUGCCCAUGACGUUCCGGGGGAGCCCCCACACCGGGGAUGUGUCUGUGGCCGUCAUGAUGUUUCUAGAGGGCUGCUGCCAGGGAGUGACCAUCCCUGCGGCGUACGGUGUGCUCCAUCGUUGGGCUCCCAAGUCCGAGAGAAGUACCAUGGUGUCACUCACUCUAGCAAGUAAGUAAAACCCAUGUCCUACACGAC